GAGUUUAGUGUAACUCUAGAGUCUUGGAUAUCUCAUAGUUUUUGUUUCCGCAAUAUUUUAUUCAUUUCAGUGGGUAGUUUGACUUAUAACAAAGUUGGACAUUCUUAAAACAACUGACUGGCUGUAAAGGCGGGAUUCAGAGCGGACACACAGCGGAAGAAGGAAUUAACCUAGCACAGAAUCAAAUGGUCUCUUGGUUUGUUUGGAGGCUGAUGGAUUAUGAAUUCUUCAGGGCUGAGAUAAUGUGAUUUUUUUUUUUCAAAAGUAUGGCUUCAUCCCAACCAUACUGGGGCCAGAAGGAUGAUAUGAACAGCAUGUACUUUUCUUUCGGAGCUGACUAUACAGUGAAAACACAUCAGCAAGGCUUGACCUCUGUGGGCUUUGAAAGGAAGAUGUUUGGCUCGUGUUUCUCCCACAACUCUAGCCAGCACUGUCAGUCUUUAAAGCCUGCUGUUCCUGCACAGCUCCACCUCUCCUCUCUUCACAGCUCGCCUGAAGGAGACCAGGUCGUUCCAUCCUUCCAGAAACUCUCCGUCUAUGAACGAGCACCUCCGUAUUCUCCCAGGAGAAGCUCUAAACCUCUUCCUCCUCUCCCCGAUGUGGGGGACAUGUCUUCUGAUGAAGCAGCAGACAGCGAAGUGGAGUUUUUCUCCAGCACCAGCGAGAGCCAGCUACUGAUACCAGAAUGUGCCUCUAAACCAUCAGCCUUCCAGUGCAGAGCGCAGAAUCGGCGGAGUUUCCGCGGUUGUGGGCAGAUCAACUAUGCAUACUGUGAUGCUAUACAGGAGAACAUGAUUGGACAGAAGUGUGAGAGGGAACAAGUGGUGCUUAGAGAAAGGGACAGCCAUAAACAAGAAAAGCCCAAGCGUAAGCUGCACCGCUCCAACUCAGGACCUGCGGCAUCUUUUAAACCUACUAACCUCACAAAUAUUCAUGCGCAGGAAAAGCCUAAGGUCCCACCUCGUGCACCGAUCCCGUCGCGUUCUCGUGACGACCAUCAAGGCAUUGAAGAGCCUCCUGAAAUCCCACCCAGGCGGCCAAUAUACUACGUGGCUCCACGCACUCCUAGUCCUAAAAGCCUUCCUAUUUACGUCAACGGAGUCAUGCCUCCUACACAAAGCUUCGCCCCUAAUCCCAAGUACGUGAGCAAAACCCAGGGCAAGCCAAAGUAUGAAGGAUUGCCUGCUUCACAUACACCAUGUAUACUUCCUAUCAUGGAAGAUGGAAAGCAGGCCAGUGCUACACAUUACAUUCUUCUUCCGCAGCAGGCAGGAUGCUUGAUUUGAAAGGUUUUUUUUAAGAAGUGUGAUGCUGAAACUGCGAAUGGAUGCUAAGCAUACAGUAAGCAGGGUGUUAGUCUAAUUACAGAUGUACUUACUUACAGUAUUCAGGUGCUUAUAGUUUUAUUAAUCGCUACUCAGUGCCACCUCAACUUAAACCUAGAGUACUGAAAAGAGGCCAGGUCAUAAAUGCUGGACAUAGCGGAGCUGUUUUUUUUUGUUUGUUUGUUUUUAUGUCAUUCUAAUUUACAUGUUCUUUUAUUUCUCCUGCUUUGAGUGUUUCUUUUUGAAACGUUUAACAUCUUUGAUCCUUGAUGGUUUACAUGAAACACUGGGUAGUAUAAGCUGGUCUUAUACUGUAUGGUGGGAAUGGACCAGAUUCCAGCACAUUCUGGUGAUUUUUUUAUUUUUAUUUUAUUUUAUUUUAUUUUAUUCAAAAACAUGUAUUUCACUAUUUGAUUACUUGCUUCAGUAGGUGAGUUCAAGCAGAGAAAUUGCCAAACUGCGUUGGAAUGGAGUUCCAGUCCUAAUCAUAUCCCUGUCACAUCACUAUCCCUGAGCUGAAAGUAUUUUAAAUGUCACUCACGUCAUUCUGCAUCGUAUAUCACAGUUGUUGGUGUUCAUGAUAGAUCACCUAGUAUUUGCACUCAUCAACUGAUAGCCAAUGUUUUUGUUCCAUAGUAUGUUCAGUGGAACCUUAUUUUUUUAUUAUUUGAAUUUUUUUAACAUAUAAAAUUGUUCAAGUAAACAGGUUAUUAAUAAACUGACUCAACAUAUUACUAAAUAGAAAGCCUCUGAAAUAUUGAGCGGAUUUCUGAUGUCCUUUUAAUAUAGAGCAUGUUUAGUUGCUUGCAAUUUCAGUUAGAAAUUGUGAUUGUGUUAAAAGAAACAAGUACGAAAUCUCUCAUUCAUUACUUUUCUUUGUUUGUGCAGCUAAGCAAUGGUGGUUAAACUCUUAAUGUGUUGGCUUCAACCUGCCUGUUUGGGCCCAAUGUGAAAAGGUCAAUGUUCCGUAUGACUCUGACACAACCUGUACUUUAACACGUACAGUACGUCACAUGUUUAUCCACCCAUCUACUGUUGCUUUUUUUCAUGGUUUAUUUUCAAAAGAUUAAUUCAGUUAUGUGCCACCACAUCUGUUUACAUGUUGUCGUUUUUUUUUUUUUAAAUCUUCCUCACAACAGAAGGUGGAAAAUGUAUUUAUCCAUGGCUUAUUUAUUCACAUAUGAAGGCUCAUGAUCAUUAACUGUUAUUGCUGUUGUUGCACUGCAUUGCACUUGUCUUUACGUGCAGUAUUGGUAGUUUUUCACAUUACAUUUAUGAUCUAUUUAAAGAAAUAAAGUGACUUAUUUAUCA